CAAUAAACAUUUGCAUUCUUAAAAACCAGCUCUCAUCAGAAAGUGGUCUGAAAUUCAUUUGGUCAAGUAGGAGAGUCUGUAAAACAGAUGAGGAGAGAACUUGUUAAUAAUAAGCCUUGCACUGCUCCAGUUCUAGAGCAACAAGUAUACUCUAGCAGCUGAGGUCCUCUUCCCUGUGGGUUUGGGCUUCACUGUCCCAGGGGACAGCUUGAGGAAAACAAGUGUUGGUAGAGACCAGACCAAUGCUGUGAGGCCAUCAGAGAGAGCUGUUGUGGAAUCCCUCCCUUGUCACACAGGAUUUUUAGCUGGUUUUGCAGCAGUGGCUGUGUUUCACAGGGCAGACCCCUUGUGGGUACUUGCCCUCCUGUCUCAGAGCUCCUGCCUUGCCCUCACCAGUCCAGAGCAAUUCAAUAACCCCAGGGCUGGGCAUUGGGAAGGGCCUGGCCUGUCAUGAAUGUGGUUUAGCAAAUGAGAAAGCCCAGGUUUUCAGAUGUCAUCCUGGCAACAAUUUUGGCUACCAAGUCAGAUAUGUGUGGCAAAAAGUUUGAACUGAAGAUUGAUAACGUUCGCUUUGUUGGCCAUCCCACCUUGCUCCAGCAUGCCCUUGGGCAGGUAUCCAAAACUGACCCCUCACCAAAAAGAGAGAUGCCCACCAUGAUUCUGUUCAACGUGGUGUUUGCACUAAGGGCCAACGCGGACCCGUCGGUGAUCAGCUGCCUGCACAACCUGUCGCGCAGGAUCGCCAUCGUCCUGCAGCACGAGGAGCGCCGCUGCCAGUACCUCACCCGCGAGGCCAAGCUCAUCCUGGCCAUCCAGGACGAGGUGUCUGCCAUGGCAGAGACCACAGAAGGGCCCCAGUCACCUUUUCAUCACAUCCUACCCAAGUGCAAACUGGCCAGAGAUCUCAAAGAGACAUAUGACAGUCUCUGCACCACAGGGGUGGUUCGUUUACACAUCAACAACUGGCUGGAAGUGAGCUUCUGCCUUCCUCACAAAAUCCACUAUGUUGCCACCAACUUCAUACCCCCAGAAGCAAUUGAGAGAAGUCUGAAAUCCAUCAGGCCUUACCAUGCCUUAUUACUUUUAAAUGAUGAGAAGUCAUUGCUUAAUGAGCUCCCGUUGGACUGCUCUCCUGCCCUGGUGAGAGUAAUUAAAACUACCUCUGCUGUGAAGAAUUUGCAGCAACUGGCUCAAGAUGCUGACUUGGCAUUGCUGCAGGUUUUCCAGCUUGCAGCACAUCUUGUUUACUGGGGCAAAGCAAUUAUUAUUUAUCCUCUUUGUGAAAACAAUGUCUACAUGCUUUCUCCAAAUGCCAGUGUCUGCCUGUACUCUCCCCUGGCAGAUGCCUUCUCCUGUCAGUUCCGGGGUCACAACCUGCCCUCCAUGCUGGCCAAGUUCUCCCUCCCGGUGUCCCUGGCCGAGUUCAAGAACCCUCUGGCACCGCCUGUGCAGGAGACCCAGCUGAUCCAGAUGGUGAUCUGGAUGCUGCAGCACCGGCUCCUGAUCCAGCUGCACACCUACGUGUGCCUGAUGGUGCCCCCGAACGAGGAGGAGCUCCGAGCCCAGGAGGAGGACAUGCCCUUCACUGCCAGGGUUGGGGGACGAAGUCUGAGCACCCCCAACGCUCUCAGCUUUGGCUCUCCAACCAGCAGUGAUGACAUGACUCUGACAAGCCCUAGCAUGGAUAACUCCAGUGCUGAGCUGAUACCUGGUGGGGACUCACCCCUAAAUAAGAGAAUGACAGAGAAUCUCCUGGCAAGCCUGUUGGAGCACGAGAGGGAAGCCAUCCUGAAUGUCCCAGCUGCCCAGAAUCCAGAGGAUCUCCGCAUGUUUGCAAGGCUGCUGCACUACUUCCGAGGGCGGCACCACUUGGAGGAGAUCAUGUACAACGAGAACAUGCGGCGCUCGCAGCUGCUGAUGCUCUUCGACAAGUUCCGCAGCGUGCUGGUGGUCACCAGCCACGAGGACCCCGUCAUCUCCGUCUUCCAGUCACUCCUCAAGUGACUCUGCUGGCACAGAGGAGGGAGGAGCCUGCCAUGCUCUCCAUCUGAGAGUCUAAAGGAUGCCUAAAAACUGCAGGAGGUGGUUUCAGCUCCUUCUCGCCAUGUGACACACAGCAGGUUGUCCCCAUCUGUGCCUCGAUGUCCCAGCUGCUCUCCAAGGCUCUGGGGCUGCUGCAGGACAGCGUGGGCUUGCUCAGUCUGGAUUCCUGCCCUGCCACACUCCCAGCCCUUCCCAGGGAUCCUCAGAGUGGGACAAGAGGGUUCUGCUGUGGUGCUGCUGGCAGAACUUUGGGGGGGACACUGGGAGUGCUUCCUGUGCUCUCCAGCAUGGCUGCUGGGACACUCAGCCAUGAGAGCCUGUCCCCAUGGCACAGCAUGCAUGGCCUUGCUCCAGGGCACAGGGGAGCUGGCCUGGCUCCUAGGGAAUGACCCUGGGCACCCAGGAAUUGUUUGAUCUCACAACAGCGAGGACAGGUGGGAAGGCAAAGUAUCACAAGUAAACAUGAAAUCAUGAAUGAA